CUAAGCUAAAGAUCGCCUAUGCCAUAGCUUAUAUUGCGCCGCCCAAAAGCUUCUACAGCUCGGCACUGCCACCCGCCGAAUUGUGCUGUUUCAAGUUCAAUAUGCGAAGAGGGGAUACCUUGGCGCGAUACCCUCCACCAGUAUCCAUAUCAUAUCCAAGGGUGGGUGAGUGCGACUAAAAGUGGCCAUCCACGCGAAGUCAUAUGGGUAUACUUGCAGGCUAUCCCAUACUGGCGCAUCCACCGAACGGCGGCUAAGUCCUCGUCGUGUUUGAUGCAAAAUGCCGCUGCUGAGCAGCUCUUUCUCUGCAGGUAGGGGACAUAUAAAGAGACGACCACUAACGCACACAUGGACUCUUGUAGCCAGGUCAAUUCUAUCGUGCAUCUCAGCCCGUGAACCUACUCAUACAACAGAUUACUGCCCACAGCCUCCAUAAAAGAUGUUCGUUGUCAAGUUAGCAGCAAAAGGCGUGACCGGCGCAUACGCCCUCACCAGAGAAGCCAUAGGAGACGACCAUCACAAGAAACAAACCCAUGACCAGGCUCACUACCAGUCUCACCUGGCCAUUCCAUCUGCUACCGACAAACACCACGCCGAACUUUCAGACACUUCAUCGAUCUCUUCUUCAGACGGAGAAGAGGCCGCACAAACACUCGACGAAGCUCAGCAGCACUUUGCCGACGGAGAUAAACAGCUCGAUCUCCGACACGCAGAAAACGUCGACCAGGUUCUCGACACGUUUAUGCAGAAACACCCACCGCCAAAGUACAACCCCGUUGCUGGCAGACUCGAAAUGCCGGUGAUUCUGCCCCAGCGCCGACCCAAGAACAAGGAACGAGGCUUCGUCAGGGCGUACGCGCCAAUGCUCCAGACAUGCGGCAUCCAACAAGCCGAGUUUCUUGACUUCCUGGACGGCUUCGGCAAGGCAAUUCAACUACACCCGCUCUUCCAUGCUUUCAACUUGGCUUGCGCCGGGGCUGUCAUCGCCACCGAUAUCGCCGUUGGACCAAUGUUCUUCGUCCACGUCGGCGCCAUGGUCGUCCAUACCAGCGUCGAGCUCUCGAGAAGAACAUACGUCAAAUACGAGUCAAACAAAUACCUCGACGACAUGAACGAAAAGUUCUUCAAACCGCACGGCCUCUUUGCACUGGUCAUGGCUUACGACCCUGAGUCCAACGAUCUAGUAGAAAAAGCAGAUAUGUCCACCAGCGUCUUGUCGUCGAUCGCAUCCCGCGAUGCCGGCAAAGCCUCCCGCUUUGCCAACGCCUCCGGAAAGACACGCGAACUCGAAAUCCCGGAAUCGGCGCCUCUGGUUUUUCCGGGGCUCGAUGCGUUAGGCGAGGCAGAGAAGGAAAAUGCAUUCAAGCGCGUGGGCGGACGGCUGGGCGACUACUUCGACCGACGCGCACAAGUCAAGUUCGAGCAACAGCAUCCAGACUCAAAAUUGGUGAUCCCCACGGAGAAACACUUUGUCAGCAGGUUCAGCGAUCCGAAUCACCCUGCCAAUAGCGGCAGUCUUGUCGCGUUGUUGAGUGGUGGCAAGAUCGAUACGAGAGAGGCGGAUAACGCGAAGAAGCAGCGCAGAGCGAUGAAGCGCCAAUAUAAAGAUCAGAGACGGAUGGCACGUGGCAGGGAACCGAGGUAUGAUCAGUCAGGCCUGGAGAAACGGGCUCCACAAGGUGGGAUCAAGGGGUUGAUGAAGAGUGAUGUGCUUUAUUUGAUGAUUGUGAAUUAUCCUAGUGAGAGUGAAUUGAGGGAGGCGGCGCAGGUGGUGGAUAAGAUGAAGGCUCAGGGUCGGUUUUAGAAAUGAUAUUGGACGGUGCCUACGGUGCCUACGGCGGCCAGGUGAAUAUUUGUGUGGAAUCUGGCCUUUUCUAUCCGAGGUUCAUAUAGCGUCGAUAUAGCACGGGGAGUCUGUCGCAGGAAUCCCGCCUGCGGAAAUGAUAUGCAUACAAUAU